AGAGCAGCAGUAGCCUUUCCGCUUCUUCUCUAAUAGACUACUACUCUCUAAGCUUGAUACCGGAUUCACUCAAGUUUACAAUAACAUAAGUAAAAAGGUAUUAAACUAUUACUGUGAUUUUUUUGCAAUGGUGUUGGAUGAAAGUAAGUUUAAUGUACAACUUCAACUAUGGGCACUUCGAAUUCCUCGCGAGCACUGCAAGACUGCUACUCGCUUGCUAAAUGGAUAUAUGCUAGAUAAGCCGCGUAUUAAGCCAGUAGUAGAAGACCCAUCCUGCGAAAAGAGCAGACUUUUGAUAUUAUCUGAACAGAUUGAAAAUCCUGACUUAUCUGGCAUUCCCGAAAAGGCUCUCAAUGCAUUGAAAAGCUUAUGUAACAUCGAAGUAGUACCCUACUCAACGACACUAGGAUAUUCCUACUGGGGUGCAGAUCAUAUUUUGAAGCAGAUACUUCCUCCCGGAGCGGAGGUACCUUCAUCUUUUGAGACAAUAGGUCAUGUUGCUCAUCUGAAUAUACCUGGUGAUUUGCUUCCUUACAAGGAUGUUAUUGCUAAAGUUAUCUAUGAUAAAAAUCAGCCAAAAAUCAGAACUGUUGUUAAUAAAGUAGGCAGCAUUUCGAACGAGUUCCGUGUACCAAAGUUUGAAGUAUUAGCUGGCAUAGCCGAUAUGGAUACAGAAGUCAAGCAGUAUGGAGCAACGUUCAAGCUUGAUUACGGGCUGGUUUAUUGGAAUUCAAGGCUGGAACAUGAGCACAUUCGACUGGUUUCUCAGUUCAAGGCAGGAGAAGUCAUUUGUGACAUGUUUGCUGGUAUCGGCCCUUUUGCCAUUCCGGCUGCACAAAAAGGAUGUGCAGUAUUUGCAAACGACUUAAACCCAGAUAGUGUUCGCUAUUUGAAGAUUAAUGCGGAGGUCAACAAGGUUGAUGAUUAUCUACGUGCAUACAAUCUGGACGCAAGAGCGUUUGUUUCUGAUCUAAUGGCAGCUCCAGCUAGUGAGAAAAAAUCAGAAGUCGAGGUUUCUGUGCUUGAAACUGGUGAUGCAGACAAUGUAACCUUUAAUGGGAGGGCAGCUUCUGAAAAUGGAGUGCCUCAAGACAUGACAGGGAACUUAGAUAACAACUUCCAGAAUCAUGAAAGCGUUGAAGGCUCUUGCACGAAUGUAGAGACUGUUGCUGCUGCGAAAAGACCCUCCGAAAGUGUGGAUAAUAGUGAAGCUAGUGCACCCAGUGGGAGAAAGCAUGGAAGGAACAAGAGAUUGAGAAGUUCUAUAUUGUGUAAUACCAAGACGUGGGAGCAUGUUGACCAUGUGAUUAUGAAUCUCCCUGCUUCUGCAUUACAAUUUCUAGAUGCUUUUAAGGGUCUUAUACGAAAGAAAUGUUGGAAGGGACCAUUUCCUUUGAUUCACUGUUAUUGCUUCGUACGCUCAAUUGAAACACAAGAGUCAAUAAUUUCUGAAGCAGAGUCUUAUUUGGGUGCUAAGAUACAAAACUAUACAUUUCAUAGAGUUAGGGAUGUUGCUCCUAAUAAGGCUAUGUUUUGCUUAAGUUUUCGGCUGCCAGAAGAAACAUGCUUUGUCGAUGAACUCAAGCCUGAUGGUACGGAUGCAUCUGUGCAGUUGAGUCUACACUCGGAAGUAACCUUUGCAUGAGUCAUACAUUUGUAUCAGCAUUCAGGUAGGGGGUGUGAUUACACCCAUAUCAUAGCAAUGUAGAGAGACGGAGGAAAUCAAACUAAAAUUGCUGAGCCGAGUAUACAAGUGAACAGAGUUGUCAAGUUAAGAUAUUGUUUAAUGACUUUCCCCUUUCAGCUUUUUCUGUUCUCCUGGCCAUAUGGUCAACAAAAGGAGUAAUCUGUAAACUGCACAAUCUAGACAGUCAUGUGAUGGGGUUAGAAUUUGUGUCAGGGUUUGGCCUGACUGUAACCCUUUCUGUUUAACAACCACAUUUGAGCGAAGAUUUUUGAAAAGCUACUUUCCAAUUUUUUCUUAAUGAAA